AUGGAAAAAGAACAAAUUUUACAAUUCAAGCAAUAUGGAAUAUUGUGGACAGUUGUAGGAAGUAAUAUUUUAUCUUUUCAGGAGUGAAAAAUUCACUUUUGUAGCACUGCAUCCUCAAAUGUUUAUUUCUCAGUUAUAAUCACUUUCAUUUAUGAAAUGAUUUAAAAGUGUAAAAAAUGAAGCCUAAAUUAUCCUCCGAGGAAAAAGUUGAACUUAUCCAUAACCUUAACAUCAAAAUCGGCUCAGAUAUUAACAAUUUAGAAGAUGCUUAUGAAGUUGAACAAGAAUUGCAGCGGAAAAAAAAACAACUUGAAAAUUGCAUAGCUCACUUUUCUAGCAUUGUUAAUUUAAGUCAGACAUCACAAUUAUCGCCCAUAAAAGGUAACGAUCAUGUGUCUGCCAAACAUUCGGCAACUAUUCGAAAAGCUGAAGCAAAUAUAAACCAAAUAACAGACAUUAAAAACAAGAGUGUCAAGUUAACAGCAAAGAUAGAUCAAUUUCUUAGCAAAACGGAAUCUUUUAGAGAGGAACUUGAUAAAAGAUUUUCCACCAUAAGCAAACUAGAAGGAGUGUUAUUAUAUUUUAAAUCAUUUGAAAAGAUUGAUGACUUGAGUCGUCAAAUGAAACAAUGCCGUGACAAUGAGCAGUUAAUUCAGCUUUACGGAGAGCUAAAGGGAAUGUGUAGCCAGCACACACAGGGACACCAAGCUGCUUACAUUAAAGAAUAUAAACAUUACUGGCAUAAUAUAUUAAAAGAAAAUUUUAGCAAGCACUAUGAAGACAUUUUGAAAGCACUAAAAUGGCCUAUAACUUCAGCAUCUGAAAGUUCUCCACCUUCUAAAGAUGUGCUGAUGAAAUUUAGUAACCUUACCAGAUACUUGUUUAUUAUACAAGAACCAGAGGAUCAGAUACCUAAUAGCAAUUUAGAAGACUUGAGUUCAGGUUCCCAUACAAGUCUACCUGUGAGGAUUAUGCUUAGACCUUUAAAAAAGAGGUUUCAAUUCCAUUUUACGGGUACACGUCAGACAGCGCGUAUAGACAGACCGGAGUGGUUUUUAACACAAACACUUACUUGGAUAAAAGAUCAUCGGAAAUUUGUCAAUGACCAUGUGCAACCAGUUGCUGAUAAAUUAGAACUCAGUCACAUUAAUGCUGUGGAUGAAUUCAAUAAUGGCCUAAUAUCAUUUGCUGCUGAAAGACUACACACAGUACUCGGAUUGUACAUAUCUCAAGGUUCAAAAGGAGAGAUUGUGGAUGUUGAUGCUGCUUUCGCGCAUGCAGUAGACGAGACUCUUGGCUUCCAUAGAGAAUUACAGAGCCUUACUGGCUAUCCAUUAAAUAUGGCACUGCAUGUACUUACUAAAGCAGAGCAUUUUGUUCGCUGGAUAGCUGUGGAAAAGAAGUAUGCGCUAGCUAAAAUGGACGAGGCGCUGGAGAGCGAGCAGUGGUGCGAGCCGGUGGCGGCGGGUGUGAGCGUGGCGGUGGGUGCGGCGCUGUGGGUGCCACGCUGCGCUGACUGGUUCAUCGCGCUGCUCAAGACCAUUGAAGAUAGAUACUCCAUGCUACCACAGCCGGGACAUAGGCUGCAGUUUGUGGAGCUGCAGCUGGAGUUAAUAGAGGAGUGGCGAGUGCGACUGACUCAGCUGCUGGGCGCGGCGCUGCACGAGCUGCGGGCGGAGUCUCUGCUGGCGGGCGGGCCGCAGCCUCUCGCCGCAGUGCUCAACGCGGCGCACUACACGCGCACCGUGCUGCUGCAGUGGGCGCACUCGCUGCAUUACUUGCAAUUGCACUUCUAUCGGCGACAGUUCGAACAUUUCACGCAGCAGCAGCACAAAGAUGAUGAAGUUAUACCUGAAGACACCACCGUUGAGGAGGAAUGUGAAGAGAACCUUAAUAAAUCCACAGCAGCGGAAAAUAUUUACCAAGCGAUGUCUAUAAAUGAGUUGGAAUUCAAAGCUAAAAUGUUGGCUCUCAAUGAAAUGUCACGUCAGAAUUCUGUCGAGAAUGAACCAUCGCUUUCUCUUGAGACGUCUCAAAAGUUGGCGAACUUGUCAGCGACGGACGCGCUGGCGUGUGACGCGGACCAGCUGGAGGAGUCUGGCGUGUUCGGGGAGGCGCCGAGCUUGCUCGCACACUUGCGCGACGCCGGCCUCUCCGCGCUCUCAGACCACAUACUGCUCGAGUUCAAGGCCACCAUACGAGAAUACAAGAAGCUGAAAUGGCACGCGAUGCUGAUGGUGGAGGAGAUGGGGCUGAGCGUGUCGGGCGCGCUGUGCGGGCCGCUGUCUGCGCUGUGUGCGCGUCUGGCCGCCGCCGCGCUCUGCCUCGCCCCGCCCCUCGCCGCACGACUGCGCGCGCACCUCGCCGCACGCCUCGACCAUCUCAUGCUGCAGGUACACCACCUUCCUCUACACAAACACGCCCUCUGCCUCGCCCCGCCCCUCGCCGCACGACUGCGCGCUCACCUCGCCGCACGCCUCGACCAUCUCAUGCUGCAGGUACACCACCUUCCUCUACACAAACACGCCCUCUGCCUCGCCCCGCCCCUCGCCGCACGCCUCGACCAUCUCAUGCUGCAGGUACACCACCUUCCUCUACACAAACACGCCCUCUGCCUCGCCCCGCCCCUCGCCGCACGACUGCGCGCUCACCUCGCCGCACGCCUCGACCAUCUCAUGCUGCAGGUACACCACCUUCCUCUACACAAACACGCCCUCUGCCUCGCCCCGCCCCUAGCCGCACGACUGCGCGCUCACCUCGCCGCACGCCUCGACCAUCUCAUGCUGCAGGAGAUGGUGUUGGAGACGUGGUUCAACACGGGCGGUACAUUGCAGUUCACACACGACGUGAAACGAAACAUCCUGCCCGCGUUCGCACCUCACAACAAGAGUGUGGCACAACUCAACCUCCUACCAAAGCUUUUGGAGGCGUGUAAACUCCUCAACAUGGACUACGAGGAGGCGCGCCGCCUGCGCUCUCUGCUGGUGAAGCAGCCGGCGGAGGCGAAGCAGACAGUGGACAGCUGCGGCAUCACUCACAUCGAACCUAAAGACGCGCUGCGCAUCCUCAACCAGAGAACGGACCUCACUGACACCACCACACCCUCCUCUGUCAUGGAACUCUUCUGAGGGUUCGAAGGAGGAGGCAUCUAAAUUGAACCGACAUUGAAGAUAGAGCAACACUUUUAUUAUGUUUCAGGAGUUGUAGAAUUUAAUUUAACUGAGAUUGAAAUAUGACAGGUAUAGUAUGGGACAAAUUACUUGAUCAAAGAUAAAUAAUUAAAGUCAAAAAAUACAUAGAUUAAAUUGCAGUUUAUGUUACAGGCACGUGAAUAAUAUACCAGAUGUGUUUUCAGAAAGAAAGAUAUUGAAAAUGUGAUUUUAAUAUCUUUUUAAAAUAUAGUGGUGGAAAUAUGAGCAAAUUACAUGAUCAAAGCAACCAAACAUCUUUCAUGGCCUUACAUUUAUCGUUUGAAUAUUAAUUAUCCGCAGGACGUAUAAUAGAAGGUUUUAGUUAUAAGGCGUUUACUA